AUGCUUAGGCCUAAUAAUCAGUGUUGCAAAAGUCAUGACAUAAUCACAGCAGUGCCGAUCAAAUUCGGUAUAUACUACGCCAUCCUCCUGGCCCUCUGUGGAUUCCUGGUGCCCCUGUUUGUCCUCAUCUGGAUAUACGUCCGAAUGUACAGGGCAGCCCAAAGAAACUCGGCUAGGACGAGAAGACACAGCCUGGGCCACAACCCGAAUGAAAUCAUUAUACCCGAGUGUCCCUCCACCCCAGAUUCAGGGAACCAGAACUCUGUCCGGUGUAAGACUCGACUCCACAGGCGUCGCUCUUCCAACACCAGCAUCUCCUCGCUCUUCUUCAGAGAGGAAGGGCGGGCUGUCAAGACUGCUGUUAUCGUGAUUGCCUCCUUCAUUGCGUCCUGGUUCCCCUACUAUGUGUUCAGGAUCUGCGAGGCCGGAGGUUGGAUCAAGGAUGUCCCGUACAUAGACGAGAUAAUCAACUAUGUGGCGCUCUCCUCCUCCUGCACAAUGCCUUUCAUUUACGUGUACCGGAACGAGACAGCCAGCAAGGAAGCCUUAAAAAUCAUAUGCUGGUGGCGGCCUCCCAGCCCGGCCACCCCAGCUUUCUCGAGGUCCUCGCUCCACCCGAAACUGGGAAAUGGCCAUCCACCAACACCGGUUCGAAUCAUAGAGCCCGACACAGCAUCACUGUACAGCUACGCCACGGAGUGUGGAGCCUGCGGUCACAAUCAGCUGGUGUGUUCUUUGAGGAACGGCAGGCCUGUCACGUCUCCGCUCCCACCUGAGCCUAGGAGGACCAGCCCUAGGCGAGAGAGUACAGUUUCCUUCAAGCUGACGCCCAUGGACAGGCCAUCCUCUCGCUGUCGUCAGUGUCUGAGGCAAGACUCUGCUUCCUCGGCAUCAUCGGAUGACCCUCUACUGAACGAGUGUUUCCGCCAUCACAGAGCCUCUAAUCCAUCAGUUAGAUGGACCAGACCAAGGAUGUCUAAUGGGUCUGUUGCCACCAGAAGUGACUCUCUGGCAUCAACUAAUUCCUCAGUGCUCAGUGCAGGGUUACAAAGGUGGCCUAUGAGGCGUUAUUCUACUGUGUCAACAGACAGUGGAGGCACCAUCACCAGACGAAGCGCCAUCGAAGACCUGGAAGAAGAGUCUUCUCAAGGGCGGCUGAACCCAGGCCAGAGAUCCCUCUUCUUGGAGAGUGAAGAAGACUCUUAUGAGGCUAGUGGUAACCAGCCAGAGAUCCACGGUUACGCCAACCCAUUCAGACACCCGCGCCUGAGUCAUCGGCAGGAGUCCAUUGGUUCCUCUGUCAGGUUUAUCUGGGAGAUCGAAGAGGGCGAUGGCCUGGAUGAUGAUUCUACAGAACCUGAAGGGCACGACGUUCCAAUUAGGUGACCUUUAGCCAGGUCACCAUCCCUCAUGAACUUGGCCAAAGUCUGUCAAACAGACGAUUCUGUGGAAUCUUCCCGACUGACCACAUGGAGGAUGUCAGUGUAAAUAACUCAUAAUGUCUUUUGUAUUCAGUUCCAAUUUCUAUGUGAUCUCAUUUACCUAAUAAGCAAGAUACUAGGACAUUGUGAAAAGCAAGUAUAUAAUGAAAAUAAGUAUAUAUAUAUAUAAUUAUGUAUAUGGAUAUAUGUCUUUCCGAGCUUCAAGCUUCUAAUAUAUAUAUUACACUACAUAUACAUCUUACAAGCACACGAAAAGAGUAUAUAAAUUCUCCAUACUAAACAAACAUGUAGAUCCAAGAAGCCUAACUGCACGUUUAGAUGCUUAGGCCUAAUAAUCAGUGUUGCAAAAGUCAGACCAGUCAUUAGACCUACUCUAGGUUGCACCCGUUGUUCCCUUACAGCGAGCAUGACCCAAACCUUCCCCAGAAGGACCUAGACGACACAAGAUAACUCUUCAAAACCAGAAUGUGCUGAUGUAAAUAGUUUUCAUUAUAUUUUUUACCGACGCUUCGUAUUUAAGUAAUGUGAUACGAUGGAGCUAUAUAUAUAUAGGCCUACACUUGCUAAUUUAUUCCUUCUGUUUCUAGUCAGAGUUUCUAGUCCAGAGUAAGAGAAAAUAAGAAUAUAAAAGGAAAAAUUUGGGCAUAAUACAUAUCACUCAGGCAAAACAAAAGUGUAAACAUGAAUGAUGAAUAAUCCCUUAACAAAAACGUGCGUUGAAAGUUGUGACAACCAGGUGCUGUUAACUGUUAUAGAUAUAAAAGAGGAGGAGAUUGUCCAAUCUUAGACCUAUGUAAGACGGUAGUGAUGAUUUCCUGUGAUAAACGAACCUUAUAAAAUGCCUCUUGGGGGGAACUGGGGAAAGAGAGUAAUGAUUACAUCAAUUAUCUGUCUGAUCUCCCUCCGGAAAUAGGACCUUCAACCGCCCUCUCUGUAGUCAACUUUGAAUGCCCUUCUUCCUACUAGCUUCUGUGGGACCUUUGGUUUGCAAGAGGCGUCUUCUGCUAGACUCAGUGAUAUGAUAUUUAAGUAGCAGUUACAUGCGGCCUCUUUGUGUCCUGUGCUUCAGAUUUCUUCUGCUACUUCCUUUCUUCAUCUUCUUCUCUCUCAGUUGCAAAAGGCAGUCGUGGCAAAAGGUCUUCGAUGAUGUGACCGCAAAGGGGAGACGCGGGAACAUCACACAGGACAGCCAGCGAGAUGCUUUUAACCGCUUGACAGAUCCGUUUGUUUUCUUAGACCUACGACGUCCUUGAAGUGUGAGAACAUUAGCCGUUGAAAGGGGCUCUCAUCUCUAUUUCUCUACUUCUCUAUCUCUAUCUUUCUUUUUUUUCAUUUAACGGGCUUUAGCGCGAACGAUAGAAGAAUGUCCUUGUCUUCCAUUCAGCUGUGAGGGGUUGAAGCAAUGAGGAGACGAACGCGAUGCACAGAAAAGAUUAUAUUACUCAUCGUUCAGUAUUUCCGAAAGCUGCAGAUCUCUAGAUGGAUGAAAGCUUAUAUUAAUCUCACUACAAAGUUACUUAAAUGGAACUUUGGAACCUUUGGAAAGUGCAAAAAGUUCCCAUCAACGGCUUUUCCCCCUUCAAACCGUCGGCGUAGGCCUACUAUACCACCAGUUACCCAUUCCAACCCCACACCCAAAAGAGAGAGAGUUUUUUUUUUUUUAUAAAAAGUGCCACCAAAGGCAGUUAGAAACGCUUAAACGCAUAGCUUAUGUCUGUCUGAUGUUAUUUAAGGCCCUUGCAGGCGUGGAAGCUUUGAGAGCCGGCUGUACUAUCCAUGAAAUAGUACUAAUCCUCCGGUAGUAUUCUGUUUGGUAUCCAAAAAGGAGUUGCUAAGCGAAGCUUUCGCACCUGCGCAAUGGCCUUUCCCACACUUGUAGGCCUACUUACUUAAUAGGAUGUUAUGAACUCCCAUCAACACGGUAAAGUUGGUGACUUUUUCCUUCUAUAUAUAUACAAUUGUCACAGAUAUUCUGUGGUUCAGUUGCCAAAGUAUCAUUAAACUAUUUUUAUUGUUUAUUUUACGACCUAGGAUUUGUCCUUAGAGAGAAAAAAGACAAGAGAUAUGUACAAAGCUAUGUAAAUCUAGACCAUGUGUUGCUUUUAACAACCGAGUGAUGUUAUUGACAGUGUUUGUUCAGCGGCGGGAACUACCGGUGGCGUUCUCUAUGACGAGUUUCUUUUAUUUUGUUCACAUUUUUCAGUUACAGACCUACAUAUAAACACUCAAAAGUGCGUAUAUUACAAUUAUCUAACAUCUUUUAAAACUUGGCUUGUAUACUUUUAGUUCAAAUUGUUAAAAAUAGUGUAGAAUAAAACUAAAACAACAGUUUAUCGACGUACGCGUAUACGAAGCUCUUGGUAGUCUAAUGACGAUUACACAUCCGAAACUGUUGCUAUUCCUAUAUGCCUGAUAUUAGAGGUUUCAUUAAAAAUUAUAAAGGGAAUGUGAGCCACGUUUACGUUCAUCAUCUUGUAGUAAUUAAAUUAUCAGAUUUCAGCUGUUGCUAUACAUAUUCCUUCGUUAAUGCCUUUGAUUAACUUUAGAGUAAAAUUUCCAAAAGCAAACCAAAGUUAAAAUGUGGCGAAGCGAAUGUGCUGGACGAGUUCAAUCACCUCUUGAAGCUCGAAUGAAACAGCUGACUCGUCAAAAUAAAAUUUUCCGUAAUAAGAUUUCACUCCUAGACGAUGGCUAUGUUCAUUACUAAAGCAUAGUGGCUCAUUCAAUAAAACUUUAUUUUAUGGAAAUUUUUAAGAGAAAGCGUUAAUUGCAUCAGUCUGUAGAGAGCAUGAAUGAUAAUUUGCUAGUCACAUUCCAGGAAUCACCAGAUGACUUGUAUAGACCUAGGUGUCUUGUUCAGCUGCUGGAUUUGAUAGGCUCAGAAAAAAAGGAACGUUGGUAAUUUUGAAACAUCCUCUGGAGAAAAAAAUAUUAACGUAUGUCAAGUAAUGAAUAAACUAGAAGAAAAAAAUAUUUAACGUAUGUCAAGUAACGAAUAAACUAAAAGAAAAAAAAAUUGUCAAACAUUGCCAUGUCUCUUACGAAGAAUGACUUCUGAACAUUGCCAUUGAGGAUAUCAAAACUGCGUAGAAGCUACAGCAACAUAUGGAGAACAUUUCAAAUAAUUGCACUCACAGUUACACACACACACACACACACACACACACACACACACACGCGCGCACACACUUACAUUGCACCCGCUUCUGCCACACUAUUUAAUUACCUGCUAACUACUUUUAACCAGCUUAAAACUGGCUUACAGAAGAAAACUCUGUCUAAAAACCAAAGAAGAUAAUUUUCCAAUUCCGUGUCGUUGAGAACGCUCCCGGUAAACAAACAGCCGGCCGAACACCCCUCCAUUUAAAACCAGCGUUGUUGAGAGCUGUCUAAUAAAGCAAUUGCAAAAAGUGUUCUCUACUAAUCCGCUACAUAUUAAUAAAAGUGUAUUUUCUCAA